CUAAACCAUAACUCGGUUUAAGAUUACUUUUAUUCUUAUGCUUUCUUUGAAGCUUAAUCCAUGUUGUAAUUUGUAAACCUAAUUGGACUUGGGUUUCAUAAUCCUAGAUAGAUAGUCACAUCAAAUCAUUCGAUUUAAGAGAGAUCAGUUCGAGGAACCAAAACCUGAGAGACAAACAUGUCUGAUCAAGUUUCCGGUAAAAGCACUAAAUUUGGGAAGGUAAAAAUAACUUCAAAUAAUAUGGAUCAUCAUUCAUGUGCCGAAGAAUAUUCAGAUGAGGAUGUUGAAGUGCGGUUCAUGCCUGAUAUUUUGGUUACCGUACACAACAGCGAAGUAGGCGUCAUUCGAGAUGUCUCGGAUGGAAUGUGUAAAGUGUCUCUUGGGUCUGGUGGGGAAGGUGACACUAUAAUGGUCCCCUCAAGCGAAUUGGAGAUAGUUCGUCCAAGGAAGAGUGAUCAUGUGAAAAUCCUUGGGGGUUCAUACCUUGGGCUUACAUGUAAGCUGAUCGGAAUCGACGGGUUGGAUGCUAUUGUUAAGAUAGAUGGUAAUCUUGACGUCAAGAUUCUGGACCUGGCCUUAUUAGCCAAGUUUGUGCAACCAUGAUAGUUUUAAUGAAAGUUUAGUUUCAUCUUGUGAGACCGUCUAUUAUAAUUUCAAAUUUCUCUACAUUUGUAUUUGUUUUCUACAUUUUUAGUUUAGCAUGUUGGUCCCCUCCCUUGCAAGAUCCCCUUACUUUUUUU